UCUGUGGGCCAAGGCUCGGAAGGGGAGUAGGAGGCAGGCAGACUUAUUAAAGGAGAAACUUGGGGCUGAGCAAACUGGGUCCCUUUGGGCAGGGAAGGAGAAGGGAAGAUUCCUGGAAGAAGAAAAUUAGGCACACUGGGAGCUCUGUUUUGUGAGGGAAUGAUGCUCUUGUUAUUACAGAGGUUAAUAAUGGUAAUGAUCUUGAAUGGCUGGGUCAGUCCAGAGAGACCAAGCUCUCCACAGUCCUUCCUCACAGAAGCUUUUCUGGAGAAGUCAAGGGGUCCCCAACUUGGUUGUGGUUGAGGAGAAUAAAAUAAAGACCUUUCCUCUCUCUCCCUGCCCUUUCCUCUCUGACUCCUUGAGGAUCCCAGGAAAAAAAGGAACCUUAUAAAAUCGCCAUCACCUUCCCCACCCCCCUUAUUUUUCCUCUCCUCUUUGCAGUUCAUGGAAAAUGCACCAUCUUCUUCUUCGGGAGGUGGGCUUUCCUGGGGUGCCCUGUUCAUGAAGCAAGCAGUUACCAUUCCAUAUCCCCAGUAAUUCUGUCUCUGACCCUGGAGGAGAGAGAUCCAGGAUUCUCUUGCCUGCUCCAUGGAAUUCUCCCUCUAUCCUUAGCCUUUCCCAAGCUCUGCCUUCCUUGGUCCUGGGUGCCUGGUCCCAUGGGUGUCUGGCCUCUCAGAAGCCAAGAACAGAUUGGGGCAUUUUGAGAUGCCCUCAUCAAGCCCCUUUCGUUUCCUUAAUUCCGGAUUCCCAGCCUCCUAUCAUUUCUUUAAUUCUGGAAGCACCAGGCCAGGGAGCCCUCCAUAAGCUACCCUAAAGCCAACCUAAUUCCUAGAACUUUCAAAACUGCCUUUCAGCUCCUUUAAAACUAAAAGUCCUUUCCCCCUCUAACAGGAAAGUUUAGGUUACAAAUCUCCAGCAGCGCAAGCUUCCUGAAGCCUUAAGUCAGAAUUUUCAACAGCAACAACGCUAAUAAUAAUAAGAAUUAAAGCUUGCAUCAAAGGGAGAAAGGGACACCCCAGCUCAAGUUUUAAAGGGGAUAUAAUCCAGCAGCCUUGGAUGAGAGUGGGGUAGGGGGGUCAGUGAGGCCAGGAUGAGCAAGGAAGGGGGUGGGGAACCCAACCUCUAACUAACAAUUUCUCCAGCAUAAAAAUGAAACAUCAAAUUCGUUAGCCCAGGGCCUUCAUUUUUCCUCUUCCACAUUAUAACUAGUUAUUGAACUCGCUGGAAGAUCUAAAGGCCAUUUGCGAAGAGACAAAUUUCAAUGGAGUUUCCCCAUCAAUAACCCCAUGGCAGUGACCUAUUGGAACAAGUCAAACACCCGAGGUGAAAUGCAGGUCACUCUGUCUAACCAAUAUUAAAAUGCGGCCACUUUUUAAAAAGCCACUUUAAACGAGAUUUGAGGAAAAUUGAAUUCCAAGGAAGGCAAGGCAAGGAGGGGGAAAUCCACGAGAGGACCUUGCCUAUGGUCUCCGAACAAACAAGAGAAAUUCAUCUUUAAUAUUUUAAAGGGGGGCAAAUUAACAUUCCAUGAUUGCUUUUUUUUUUUUUUUUUUUUUUUUUACUAUAAGCGAUUCCAGGAGGAAAAAAAAGGUUUAGUAUUUUCUGGUGACAUGUCCGGGUUAUUAAAAUCAUUUUAGACCAAUUCAUUACUUUUACUGACAAGAGAUUUAAGAAAAAAUCAAUUAAGCAUUUGCAUAUUCUUUUGCAUACAUUACCUCUGCCUGCUGGCAUUAGAAAGGGACAAAAACACCCAUCUAUACGUACACACACGACAAGAAAUAAGAUAGGAGUCUUGCUUUGGUUUGGGGUUUUCAAGUUGCUUGGAGAAAAAAUAAAAAUGAAAUGAAUUACUUGAUUGCAUACCAUCUAAAAGUCAAUUUAUUUGAGGAAGAGGAAAGAGAUGUGUUGUGAUUUUUUAAUCUCUAAAACAACAACAAAACCACACACACACACACACACACACACACACACACACAAUCCUGCACUUCUGAGAGUGGGAGAAGGAAUGACCCUCAUUUUCCUUCUCUUUGCCCUCCAAAUCCUGAGUUGGCUCUCCCAUUUAUUUUCUCCCUAGGAAAACCUAGGGAGUCUGAGAGGUGAGAUUUUAAUGCAGCCCAGAACAUGUGGAGCCGCCGAGGUCCUUCAGCCGGCUGCUUGUUACUGGGGAGGGGAGGAAUAUGGGUUAUCCAACGGUCAGUAUGGUAAUCCGGGCACAAUAAGGCCUCGCACACAAUGGACACAUAUUUUUCUUCAGUGGUGUCAGAAGGGAAGCGCUUUGUACUGAAACAGGUUUCCGAAAGAGAAACCAGAUCGAGAUUCAGAAAGGAGAUGGGGAGGGUGGCAUUCAGAGAGUGUUUGGAAGCUGGCAAAAGGUGGUCAGAAAAAAUUUAAAAAUAAAAUUGGGUCAGGGAGAGAGAGGUAGAGGGCAGAGCAGGGGUGGGGGGGUGGAGACCCACGGGCUGGCAAGGCAGGAGCAGGAGGGCAAAGCACAAAAGGAGACAGGACCAGAUAAGAGGGCUCAACACAGGCAGGAGCGGCUUUAGUACUCCCCCCUCCAUAAAGCCAAUGCUAAGUGCACUGCCUCUCCAGAAGGAUUUCAUUUCUGUGAUUAUAAUAAUAUCCAGGUGAAAAUGUUUGCAUGUAUGUGUAUGGUGGAGUCUGGCUGGCUUGCUAUUUUCCCUUGUGAUAGGUGACUUUCUUGCUAUUAAGCUAUAGGCACCCAGAAGGAGUUUUAUGGCGAAUGAUGUAGAUGAAUGUGGACAAAUUUGGGGGAGUCUCCCAGAUUUCACUUUCUGGAGGUGCGUGUUGAAUUGGCUGUGCCAACGUGGAACGAGAACCCCACAUAUUUAUGGCUGCAUAAGGAAGCAUCUGAUGUAUUAACAAGUACUAAUAGUAUGUAUGCAUAUAUAUUUGUUAGCCGUAAUAACCAAAGACAGGCUUGACAUUCAGCUGGAGGCAACUGAACUCUGUAUCUAUGUCUACGUAUUGGCCCAAGGUGGGUUUUCUGCUCCUGCUCCCUUGAACCACCUGCAGGAGCUCAGAAUCUUGGGGAGUGGGGGUGUGGGACCGGCAAUGCCUUGGGAAGAACUCCCUAAGAAUCCCGAGAAGGUGAAGAGAUGGAAGAAAAGAGGGUUGUGGUGGGGGCAGGGCUGGUAGAAGGAGAGUGGGAGGGCUGGGAGCAGGAGAGCCAGGCCCAGACCUCACCUUUCCAAGGUGGGGAAGAGAAUAUUCCGGGCCAGGACUGGGUGGGGCAACUUGAUCCAGGUGCUGGCCUGAAAGGGAGGUUGGGGGUGGGGCUGGAAGGCUUUCUUCUUCUUCAGCAACCCUCCCCCCACCCUACCUGAGCUCUCUGGAGCUUUGGCUCUCCCUGUGGGGCAGUCUGGGGCUGCGGUUCAGACUCUUUAUGUAGGCAGCAUCCAGCAUUGGUUUCCCUCUGCCCUCUUCCAGCAACUUAUGAUUAACCUGCCCCUACCCCCAAUAAAGACGACAAAUCAAACCCUCCCAGACUCCACACCACUAUCACCCAAGUAGCAGCCUUCUCCUCCUCACAGUUUCACGUUCCUCUUCCAGCCAAACUGGCCAGUCCUCACAUGCACACGGUCCCAGACAGGAAUGGGCAGAGGUUCUCAACCCACUUGGGAAAUCUGGGAAUCUCCUCUAAGAGAUGGUGGACCUUCAGGGAAUUCCUGUUUCCUCAGCCACCUGGUGGGACGGGGGCAGGGCACUGUCCUCUUGGGGAGAGGGUAUCCAGGAGCCCCCAAGCACUCCUCACUCCUGGUGAGCCUGGGGUGAGGGGGGCCUCGGCAUGACAUCGGAGGAUGUAAGGUGGUCAGCGGGCCCAGGCGGUUCUCAUUUCUGCCCUCAGGGUGAGCCCUAAUUUGAAGAUGGGAACCCCCCUCUCCCGCAUCCCUAAGGUGGUGAAAGAUAGGUGGGGAAUCUCCUGCCUUCGGUCUUCCCUCUCAUGAGAGAGCUUUAUUUUUUUUUCCCUUUCCCCUCCUCAUUCCCUUAAUUGCAGAUGUUCUAAUUAAACCCUCAAAUAGUUGUUAUGCCGUUUUAAAAGGUACUUAUUCAAGUGUCAACCAGGCUGGGCUGGGAGGAGGCAGCGUAGGGCGGCGAAUUAAAGGUAGAUUGACUAAUCACGGCGGCGAUCAUAAUAAUAAAAUCAGAGGGAAAAAAAUCACAUUACGACUUUUCGUGGAAAGGAGGGAGCAGGCAGCCAGCGGCCGCCAGCCCUGCGCCGCCGCCGACACAAAGAGUGCGGGCGAUUCCGCGAGACUGAUUUAUGACGUUUUACAGCCCUAUAAAAGCUGGAGCGACGAGGCAAGCGCUCCUACCACCGCUGGCAGAUUUAGUCUAAUAAAUAAAACAUAAACAGUUAACUUUAUGUGUCACUUUUAUUGUUAUCAAGUAAAAUAUAGCCGAGCCCCGGCAAGCUAUGAUUUUAAACUAUAAUUGUUAUCAAGUACAACAAGGGGACCCAGCUCCCUCCCUGGGCUCUCCCUUCUGCCACCCCCCAACUCUGAGUUAUGGGAUCAGCUAAUUGGAAUCGGUGGCACGGCGGCGUGGCCACCCCUGGCUGCGGGGGGGGGGGGUGGUGUCGGAAAAAGCAGCCCUUCCUUGCCCCCUCCCUCCUCCAGGGCCCUGCCACCCGGCCAUCAGGGUGUUCCUGUGGGUGGGUGGCAGAGACAGGGGAGCGUGGAGGAAUGGGCUGGAGACCCCCGAGGCCUGCCCAGCCUCCCCAGCUCGGUGAGCUCACCCCUCAGCUUUUGGAAGGCAGCCUGGAGCUGGCCCUUGGGAGUGUGUGUUUACAUGUAAACACAUGUGUUACAUGGAUACAAUCCCUGGCCGGAAGCAGGCUCUACCCACACAGGCCUCCCUCUCAGUUAGGUCAGCUCACUGUGGGGAUGAAGAAAGAAGAGCGCUCAGGGCCGUGGCUGGGCACCAUCACAGGGCACUGGUUCCUGGCAGAUCCCACUUCUCCUCGCCCUAGGUCCUUAGGCACCAGCCCUGGAGGUACGGGGGCUCAACCCCCAGACUUCCAGAAAUGACGUCAGAAUCAUUUGCAUCCCGCUGCCUCUACCUGCCCGGUCCAGCUGGGACCCUGCCUCGCCGGCCCCAUGGCCAGAGGGUUGGGUGAGUGUGUACGGGGAAGGGGGCUGGACUCUGGUAUCCUUGGAUGGGGGGCACCCCAGGCUCUCCAGCCUCCUGGGCUUAGCCUGGGCCCCUCCCCAUCCAACCUCCACUCCAGUCCUCCUCAUUCAACUUCCUCUUCCUGCAAAAGAGGGGCGCUGCCCGGUGACCUACACAGACUGAGACAGGAUCGCCAUGAAUGGAGACCUCUGGAAAAGCUCAGGAGCCGAGGCCCAGGGGGCCCACCGGAGGCCCAAGGGGAGACCAUGGGAGGGGGCUGAAUCACAGCCUCCCGACAGCCCCCCAGUGCCCAGGCUUUGGAAGGGAGCUGGGGGCUUCCCAUCUCCUUUUGCAGGGGAGGGCUGUCAGUCGGCGGCGUGCUCACUGGGGGCACCUCAGCCCCCGCCAGCUAACCCCACAUCACCACCACCACCACCCCCAGCACCACCACCACCACCACCACACACAAAAAAAAUUGGAUACAUUUUGAAUAAAGCGAUUCGGUUCCUUAUCCGGGGACUGGGUUGCUCCGUGUGAUUGGCCGGCGGAGUCACAUGGUGAAAGUAACUUUACAGGGUCGCUAGCUAGUAGGAGGGCUUUAUGGAGCAGAAAAACGACAAAGCGAGAAAAAUUAUUUUCCACUCCAGAAAUUAAUGAUCAUGAGCUCGUAUUUGAUGGACUCUAACUACAUCGAUCCGAAAUUUCCUCCAUGCGAAGAAUAUUCGCAAAAUAGCUACAUCCCUGAACACAGUCCGGAAUAUUACGGCCGGACCAGGGAAUCGGGAUUCCAGCAUCACCACCAGGAGCUGUACCCACCACCGCCUCCGCGCCCUAGCUACCCCGAGCGCCAGUAUAGCUGCACCAGUCUCCAGGGGCCGGGCAAUUCGCGAGGCCACGGGCCGGCCCAGGCGGGCCACCACCACCCCGAGAAAUCACAGCCGCUCUGCGAGCCGGCGCCUCUCUCAGGCGCCUCCGCCUCCCCGUCCCCAGCCCCGCCAGCCUGCAGCCAGCCAGCCCCUGACCAUCCCUCCAGCGCCGCCAGCAAGCAACCCAUAGUCUACCCAUGGAUGAAAAAAAUCCACGUUAGCACGGGUAGGCAACUUUGCUUUUUGCUCUCCCCCUCCCUCCCCUCUUCCCCAGCGCUCCCCACCCUCCCCGGCCCCCUCCGGCCCCCGUCCUCCUUUCUCUCCUUCCCCCUCUCUCUCCAGGAGCGACUCUGGGUUAGCACAAUUGAACUGGAUUUACGAGCGAGAAUGGUGAACCCCAAUUAUAACGGAGGGGAACCCAAGCGCUCGAGGACAGCCUACACCCGGCAGCAAGUCCUGGAAUUAGAGAAAGAGUUUCAUUACAAUCGCUACCUGACCCGAAGGAGAAGGAUCGAGAUCGCCCACUCGCUGUGCCUCUCUGAGAGGCAGAUCAAAAUCUGGUUCCAAAACCGUCGCAUGAAAUGGAAGAAGGACCACCGACUCCCCAACACCAAAGUCAGGUCAGCGCCCCCGGCCGGCGCUGCGCCCAGCACCCUCUCGGCAGCCACCCCGGGCACUUCUGAAGACCACUCCCAGAGCGCCACGCCGCCGGAGCAGCAACGGGCAGAGGACAUUACCAGGUUAUAAAACAUAACUCACACCCUGCCCCCACCCCAUGCCCCCAUCCUCCCCCUCACACACAAAUUGACUCUUAUUUAUAGAAUUUAAUAUAUAUAUAUUUUUUGGUUCUUUUCUCUCUUCCUCCCACCUUAUCCCUUGUCAAUUCCAAACUGACAAAACAGAUAAGCCCUCUGCCCUUCUCUCCCUUCCACUGUUAAGGACCCUUUUAAGCAUGUGAUGUUGUCUUAGCAUGGUACCUGCUGGGUUUUUUUUUUUAAGGCCAUUUUUGGGGGGUUAUUUAUUUUUUAAGGAAGAAAGCUGCAAAAAUUAUAUAUUGCAAGGUGCGAUGGUCUGGUUUGGGUGAAUUUCAGGGGAAAUGAGGAACAGAAAAAAAGGAAAGAGAUUUUUAAGCCAAUUCUCCUCCUUCUCCUCCUCCUCCUUCCCCCCUCUUUCCUUAGGCCUUUUGCAUUGAAAAUGCACCGGGGGAGGUUAGUGAGGGGGAAGUCAUUUUAAGGAGAACAAAGCUAUGAAGUUCUUUUGUAUUAUUGUUGGGGGGGGGCUGGGAGGAGAGGGGGGAAGACAGCAGACAAAGCUAAAUGCAUCUGAAGAGCCUCUCAGAGCUGUUCAGUUUGAGGAGCCAAAAGAAAAUAAAAAUGAACUUUCAGUUCAGAGAGGCAGUCUAUAGGUAGAACCCCCACCCCCCACCAUCGUGGUUAUUGUGUUUUUGGACUGAAUUUACUUGAUUAUUGUAAAACUUGCAAUAAAGAAUUUUAGUGUCGAUGUGAAAUGCCCCGUGAUCAAUAAUAAACCAGUGGAUGUGAAUUAGUUUUA